CACAGUUAUUUGAACACUAUCAAAAUCAAAAUAGAGAGAAACAUACCAUUCAAAAACUGAACAGCGCAUUAACUAAUUAAAAUCAUCAUUUUUAAUGUAAAUGUGUAGAAUUGCAUUAAAUGUUAUAAAUUGCGUGCUCAUUAGUGUUGGGUUAGGAUUUGCUAUAUUGUCAACCGUAGGAAACUUUUGGGUGGAAUUGUCACUGAGUUAUUAUUACGAACAUGCAGGAUUAUGGAAUUGGUGUGACAUUUAUAUAUGUCGGGUUAUAACUAAUGCAACGGCUAUAUUCUUGGCGAUAGGAAUGAGCGUGUAUACAAAUGAAGCUAAUAAAAAUGGAGCUUAUAAAUACAGAUGGUCUUACAUAUUCGGAUGGUGUUCAUUUUCAAUUUCUAUCGUGUCUGCAUAUAUUUGUUUUGCAAUUGAGCCAAAAAAUGAUGACCCGAUUAAGCCAAAAAAUGAUGUCCGAAUUGAACUCAGUAAUUUGGAUUUUCGCUAUGAUUACAGGCCCUAAUCUAGUCUUAAUUUAUAAUAAAUUUUGAGAAUUUUAAAUAAUUUUUUGCUCUAUUUUUAAAGCGUUAUCAACGUUAGCACACUUAAUAGCGUUUUAAUAGCGUUAUUUGUAACAUUAUUUUUUUAUUAACGUUAUUUAUAAUAAAUAAUACUUAUGACAAAUGUAAUACUAAAUACAAAAAAUUA